CUUCCCCCAUUCCCCUUGAAACCCUAGAAACCCUAACUCAGUCACCGAGAACCACUCCAUCGAACACCUCCGCCAAAUCCCCUCCCCACGUUUGCUAGGGUUUCUCAUGGAUCUGCCGAGGUGCCGCGCUCAAACGGGUCUCUCGUAGCCUCGGAGAUGAGCGACCAAGAGGAGCUCGCAGGGCCCAGCGGCGGCGGCGGCGGCGGCGGCGGUGCAUCGCGGUUCCACCUCCUCCAACCCAACCGCGAUCCCCAAUCCAAUUGGGAGGUCGAUCUCGCCGCGAAUCUCGAGGAGUACCUCCUUAGGAUCUGCUCCGGGGAGAUCUCCGCCGCCGACGACCAAGACCACGCACUCCACUCCGUCAACUUCGCCGAAGCUGCACUGCUUCUCCAAGGAUCGGUCCAAGUGUACAGCCGGAAAGUAGAGUACUUGUAUUCAUUGGUUUUGCAUGCCUUGGAGUUUCUUUCGCAGAAGAGGUUAGUUUGCGUAAGUCCUGAGUAG